GCUCCCAGGAAAAGGCGGUCCCCACUGAGGACCCCGAGAUGAUCACCCUCACUGGUGAGUUGGGGGCGGGGUGGUUCUGACACGACGGCUCUGGGGGCUGGGCUCCCAUUCUGGGGAGGUUCUGAACAGAGGGGGCUGAGACCCUCCUGGGGGGCUGGGGGGGUGGUCAGAGGCCCGAGGAGGGCAGGACCCUUCAAGGUCACCCAGAUUCCUCCUGCCACCCAGCACUGCCCAGAGUCUGGCUGAGCUCCCACUGGAAUCACAUCUCUGGUUUCCUGGGUUAAGACACAUCUUGUUCCCAAGCCUCCCGGGAAAGGAAUAACUUCCCUCACACAAUGGCUUCUUUCAUUUGUCUUCAGUGCAGUGUGUUUUUGAUGGUUCACAGAAGCCAACAGUCACAGUAGAUGUGCAGAAAGUUGUGAAAUAAAGGUCACUUAGGGUCCCACACCCCCAAAGGCACACCCACUUUUAGCAUUUGGGGUAUAGCCUUCUGAACUGUUCACUGCUUGUAUGUAUUUUUUUCUCAUUAUUUUUUUUACCAAAAAUGAGAAACAUUCCUUGUAACGAUUUAUAACGUGCUCCCUUGGGGGCCUCUUCCUAGAUGUAACACCCAAACGGUUGUUUGUUUCCUCAUCUUCCGCCCUGAUGAGAGUGGCUCAGAGGCCCACAGUGCACGACUACAGGUGGAUUACGAUGCUGGACCACAGUCAGAACUAGAAAGAGCCAGAAAGUGGUCACUAGUGGCUGCAGGGGACCCGGUCCAGCCUCAGGCCUCGGGACUGGGGUGGCCAGUGUCUAGACAGGGCCCACCAAGAGGGGUCUGUCUUGAACAUGGUGGCCUCGCACUCAGCCCCCUGCCCGUGUGGACUCGUGUGUGGACAGGCUGACCCUCAUCUCAGAGGCGGGCACAGGGGAUCGGGGGUGCCGGACUUGGGUCAGGGUUGAUCCCCUGUGCCACUCGCUGGGGGUGGCUGUGCGCCAAGCCCUCUCAGGGCCUUCAGAGGCCGUGCUUUCUCAGAGGGCGUUCUGGGCACGUCUUGAGGGGCCGGUAACGGGCUGUGACCUGUGUGCACGUGAAGGGCGGGAGGCAUCGCCGGGUUUGCGGCGGACAGUUCACCCUGCGAAUUCACUCGCUGUGUGGGGUGUCCCGUCCUUGUCGCGGUCACGAUUCCGCCCCCCUUCCCAUGGCGUUGGCCAGACUGGUCCCGGGCACCCCUCUGGCCAAUGUCAGGCCUGCUGUGGGCAGGUCCAGGCUCUGCGGCCUGUGGCCUUGACCCUGCUGAGCCUGCCUCCAGGCCUGGACGCUGCCCCAGCCCCUCUGGGAGGCACAGCGGACCCUCAUUCUCCUCAUGUCAGGACCCCCUUCUCCUCGGUGUCGGGGUCGGGGUCGGGGCUGGUCUGACCACGUCGGGACGAGCCUGGGCCCAGGAACCCUCCGGGUCUCUGUCCCUCAGGAGAGCAGGGCCACGUUCCUUCUGUGAACGCCGCCUUUCGCUGUGGCCGUGAGCCCCGGACACUGGGGUUGAGUGGCCGUGGGGUGCAGCCUCUGGACCUUGAGGGGUGACAGGCCUCAGGGGCCCGGAGCUGCUGGGGGGGGCAGGUCCUGCAUGCUCUCAGCCGGACUGGCCUCACGUAGCCCAGCUCCCUGGUGCAGCCCCGGCCAUCGUGGGCUGGGCAGCUGGCCGCCGUCAAGGUCGCUCCAGGGGGACAGGGCGUGCCUGCGUGGGCGGCUAGCCGGGGGAGGACACGGUGGCCCCUGUAGGGGGAGAGCCGGACCCGCGGGGGGGAUGGCAGGAGUGGCCCCGGGCUGAGUCGCCGCCUUUGUUCCCCGCUUGUUCGCUCCGGGUUUGGCUGAGGGGCAGUGAGGACCACCCCCAAGGCUGGCAGCUCCGCCCGCGUGGACCCCUUGGGAGACACGGCCUGGUGUGGGCGCCUCCCCGCCCGGCCAUGGUGGUCACCCGGCUGGCCCUGGAGCUCCGCUUCCAGGGCGGGAGGCUGCGAGGUGUGCGCUGUGAGCUCGCUCGCUGGCCCCGGGGGGCGCCCCCUGAGACCGCCGCCAGCACCGUGGGCCAGGUCCUGGUGCCCGUGCUGCUCUCUGGCCUGGGCAUGGUGGUGGCCGGCCUGCUGAUGGACCGUGUGCAGCACUGGCCCGUGUUCAUGGAGAUGAAGGAUCUGCUCACCCUGGUGCCGCCCCUGGUGGGCCUGAAGGGCAACCUGGAGAUGACGCUGGCCUCGAGGCUGUCCACCGCGGCCAACACCGGGCAGAUCGAUGACCCCCGGGAGCAGUACAGGGUGGUCAGCAGUAACCUCGCCCUCGUCCAGGUGCAGGCUGCCGUGGUGGGGCUCCUGGCGGCUGUGGCGGCCCUGCUGCUGGGCCUGGCCUCAGGCCAGGGGCUCGACGUGGUGGAGGCCCAGGUGCUGUGUGCCAGCAGCGUCCUCACCGCCUCCCUGGCGGCCUGCGCCCUGGGGACGCUGAUGGUCUGCAUCGUGGUUGGCGCGCGGAAGCUGGGGGUCAACCCGGACAACAUCGCCACGCCCAUCGCGGCAAGCCUGGGCGACCUCAUCACGCUCUCCCUGCUGGCUGUCGUCAGCAGCUUCUUCUACAGACACAGAGACAGCCAGUACCUGACACCGCUGGUCUGCGUCGGCUUCGCGGUGCUCACCCCCGCCUGCGUCCUCGUCGCCAAGCAGAACCCCCCCGUUGUGAGGAUCCUCAAGUUCGGCUGGUUCCCCAUCGUCCUGGCGAUGCUCGUCAGCAGCCUCGGGGGCCUUAUCUUGAACAAGACCCUGUCCCGGCCGCAGUUCAGAGGCAUGGCCGUCUUUGCUCCCAUCAUGUGUGGCGUUGGUGGCAACCUGGUGGCCAUUCAGACCAGCCGGAUCUCCACGUACCUGCACCUGUGGAGCACGCCCGGGGUCCUGCCCCUCUGGAUGAAAAAAUGCUGGCCCGACCCGUGCUCCACGUUCUGCAGCUCAGAAAUCAACGCCACGUCGGCCCGCGUCCUGCUGCUGCUCGUGGUGCCUGGCCACUUGGCCUUCUUCUCCGUCGUCUCCCUGCUAGAAAGCCAGUCGGUCCCGAGCGACAGGACCUUCGUGCUCCUGUACCUGCUGGCGGGUCUGGUCCAGGUGACGGUCCUGCUGCACCUGGCGGACGUGGCGGUCCGGCUGGCGUGGCGGCGGGCCCUGGACCCGGACGACCACUGCAUCCCGUACCUCACGGGGCUGGGCGACCUGCUGGGCACUGGCCUGCUGGCGCUCUGCUUCCUUGUCCACCAGCUGCUGGGGACUGGGGCGCGGCUGGGCGGCCCCCUGGACCCGGCGCCUGGACCCUCCUAGGGGCCCGGGAGACCCCUCCCUCGCACCCACGGGACCCAACGCAGCUCCUCUGGCCGGACCCCAGGGCGGGCCAGCCUCUGCCCAGCACACAUGGGGCGCGCGGGGACGGGGCCCUCAGCCCACAGGGCCGUCCUCCCCCCUCUUCCGGGGACAGGCCUGCUCCUCCUUUCUGCUCCCAGUGUCUCUGAUAGUCAGCAGAAACCUCUGCUUAGAUUUAAACCCCCAGAGGAGGAUAAAGGUGAGACCGGACGCCUGGCCCACCCCGAGGGGAGGGAAUUGGCCCCAAACCACGGUGAGGAGAGGACGCUAGCGCUGCGGUCAAGGGAAAGAAUGCCCAGCUUCUGGCUCGGCUACAAAAACUUUUAUUCACUCACACGAAGAGCUGGGCCCAAGAGCAGCAGGGACCUCAGUGCAUGGGAAACGGAAGCCGGUCCCAAGCACCUCAGCGGACAAAGGUCCAACCCUGGCCCGGAGGCUGCGUGUCCAGGGCGCUCUGGACAAGCAGGGAGCUGAGGUGCUGGUGAGGCGGCUGAGAUCCAUCUACAGAUGAGGACGCAGCCCCCACCCCUGCCCCCACAGGACACCGGGGGUCACCAUGGAAAGCGGGAUCAUUCCCACAGGCCCAGGCCCACGCCUCAGGAGACAGACAGAAAGCAGAGUGAGAACCACCAGCAUCUGAACGACAACACCUGCAAAGGCACAGGGACCAGCUCCGGGGGCCUGGGUCCAGUCCCCCCGCGGGCAGUAACCGUGCACGGUCACAACUCGCGUCCUCCUGCAGGGCGGGCGCACACCUGAGCGGCCCCAGGCCAGGGUCAGGGUCCAGCACGCGCCUCAGUGCACGGAGGACAGCUCUGCAAACCGCUGCCGGCUGCCACGAGGCACCGACGCCCAAAUAAAAACUAAGGAAGCUUGACACUCUGCCGGCGUGGGGGCUGCAGCAGAGCCUGCAGGGCCCCCCGCGUCCUCGGCCUGUUGGCUGGGGGCCCUGCCGUCCUCAGGGGCCCCCCCGUGUCCGAGCAGGGAGACCAGCACCUGCUCUCGCAGCCAGGGCGGGAGGCCCAGCCCCAACCGUCCCUGACGGAGCGGAACAGAAACCCUCAACACGGUGCCCCGGAGUCUCUGAAGAACGGGCCUGGCCGCCCAGCAGCACCCCCGGCCCGGCCGGGUGGGUCACGGCUGGGCCUGCAGACCAGCCACGCCUCCCGAGCAUGGCGCCUCCUUGGGCCCCGCGGCGCCUCCGCCCACAGGCAGCACCUCCUGCAAAGCAAGCACAGCAGUGAGCUCGGCCGCCCAGGCUGAGCCCGCCCGCCCUCGCCCAGUUCACGCGUGUGUCACGUCAAGGGAAAGGCUCCAUCACCGACAAAACUGCAGAGAGGUGAGUGCCGUCCCCGCCCUGGUCUCCUCAGAGGGGGACCCCCAGCCCCGGCCAGCCCUGUGUGGAUGGGCUCCAGCCGCCGCCUCUAGGGAGCCGCCCGAGCACUGGGCUCCAGACCUCCAGGGACACUGAUCAGCAACCACCCCCUGCCGCCCCAGGAAGGAGCCCAGGACAAGGGCCGCCCCGCGGGCAGAGGGCUGCUGUGAGGCCUUCCGGACGCUGCGACCAGGGGCCUCCAAGCUCCAUCCAAUGUCCACUUCUAAUGCCACAGCCCAAGUUGAAUAUAAGAAAACCAAAGUUGUUACUAUCUGAGUUUUACAUACAUGUUUCAAAUCUGAUAAAGCACAGAGAUCACCCUUAUCUAUCCAAAUCUGAAUUAUCCACUGCCGCCCACACGCAGCUUAACCACUGACCCCAGCAAACCAUUUAACCUCCUUGGGCCUAUCCGCAAAGGCUGAAACCCAGCCAGCCCAACUCUCACAGGCCUGAACACAUGAACUUGAAUACGUGAAAUCCCACCUUGCCCACCAAGACGCGUGAACCCGAGCUGCAGGCUCAGCCUGUACUGCUCACACCCUCACCGCCCCUCCAGAAAACACUGGGGCCACGUGGCCAGAGGCCCAGGGCGAGUCCACCUCAGGGACGAGUUUCAUGGGGCACGACCAGCCCAGAGAACAGGGCGCCGAACCUGGAGGACGUAGACGGGCAGGUCGACAGCAAGCAGGGGGUGGAAGGCGGGAGGCUGUGGGCUGAGCGCCAGGGGCAAGACCCCAUCCCCUGAGGGUUCAUCCUGCGGAAGCAAGAGCGCCGUGUCAGGGACCCCGGUCCCAGGAGGCUGCCCCCUGGAUGCGGCCGUGCCAGCCCAGCCCGUCCUCCCGAGGCCCACGGCGUCCGGGGCUGGGGGUCGGCCGCCUGCCCUCCCUGCUCCCAUGGCCCUGCUCAGCCCCGAGGCCCACAGCCGCCAACACAAAGGCGCUCAGUUAAGAUGCGCCAGGGGUCAGAGCCGCGCAUCCUCGCAUCCUCGGUGUGGACGCCUCUCCCCUCCCCACCCCCUGCCAGCCCCGGAAGGUAACAUCAUAAAGAUGAGGUGAGUCUGAACCCCCUCUCUCCUUGGCACUGACAGCGCAGUGCGAGCCGUGUUACCUCUGAAACCCCAGCUGGGAUCCAAGCUCCGCCUUCAUGCACGACUGUGGGCGCGCAUGCUGCUUAAAUGGGGGAAUUAAGGAAAAAUCACGCGAGUGGAUCAGAAAUAAACUCUGGUUCUUCUCGA